AUAUAAGUUUGAACAUUUCAGUGAUUUGAAAGAAAAUAUAAAAUUAAACAAAGGUAGAGACAAAACGCGUUUCUUUGGGAGAAAGAAAGAAAAAGCAAUGAAAUGAGCAAACACUGUAUGAACUAGGAAAAUCACUGCUGAGUUUGACGGAAAGACUGAGGUCAAGCCACAAACACUACACUGCGCGCGCACUUUUCGAUGGGAAACUGCUUCUCCGAAGUCACCGCAGGCCGCGCCGCCAUCGGCGGAACCGCCGGCGAUUUCCGUAGUCUUGCUGGCGCUCCAAACGACGCCGUCGAGAACUUCCUCAGGUCUCGCGGCCACCACGGUCUCUUUUCUCAGAUCGAGUUGUCGUUUUCCGCUUCUGGCUUGGGUGAUCGUGAUGUGCUUUUCAAGAAUAAUCCGAUGAUGGUUCUUUAUGCAAAAGGCAAAACUGGGGCACUUGAGGAAAUUUGCCGUACAGAAGUUGUUCUGAAUUCAUCAAGUCCAACAUGGAUUACUAAACACACCCUCAUUUAUCAUUUUGAGGUUGUGCAGGUUUUAGUGUUUCGUGUGUAUGAUGUUGAUACUCAGUUUCACAAUUUAGAUAUAAAGAUGCUUGAGCUAGAUGAGCAGCAAUUUCUUGGUGAGGCUACAUGUGUACUGUCUCAGAUAAUCACACAGCGUGAUCAAUCAUUGACUAUAGAUCUACACACAGAAGAUUCUUUGAGAUCUACACUGCCCAAAAACUGUGGGAAGCUCCUGGUGCAUGCUGAGGAGUGUGUUAGCUCAAAGACUGCAAUAGAGAUGGCGUUCAGGUGUUCAGAUUUGGAAUGCAAGGAUCUCUUCUCAAGAAAUGACCCCUUUUUAUUGAUAUCAAAAGUUGCAGAAGGUGGUGUCCACAUUCCAAUUUGCAAAACAGAAGUUAUAAAGAAUGAUCUUAAUCCAAUAUGGAAAUCUGUGUUUGUGAAUAUCCAACAAGUAGGAAGCAAGGAGAGUAUUUUGAUAAUAGAGUGCUAUAACUAUAAUAGCAAUGGAAGACAUGAUUUAAUUGGUAAAGUGCAGAGAUCUCUGGCUGAGUUGGAGAACAUUCAUAAUAAUGGCCAAGGAGAAAAUUUAUUUUUGCCAUCUUCUGGUGGACAAAACCAUGACAAUAAGGUGUUAAAGAGCCAACUAUUUGUGGACAGAUUUAUUGAAAGUGUCCAAUAUACUUUCUUGGAUUACUUGGCAGGGGGAUUUGAAUUGAACUUCAUGGUGGCUGUUGACUUUACAGCUUCGAAUGGAAAUCCACGCCUUCCUGAUUCUUUGCAUUAUAUUGAUCCUUCUGGACGGCCAAAUGCAUACCAGAGGGCAAUUGUUGAGGUUGGGGAAGUGUUACAGUUUUAUGAUUCAGACAAACGAUUUCCUACUUGGGGAUUUGGGGCACGACCAAUUGAUGGUCCUGUUUCACAUUGCUUCAACUUGAAUGGAAGUAGUCAUUAUUGUGAGGUGGAAGGGAUCCAAGGAAUUAUGAUGGCUUACACAAGUGCCCUGCAUAAUGUAUCUCUUGCAGGACCUACUCUUUUUGGACCUGUCAUAAGCACAGCUGCACUGAUUGCCAGCCAAUCGGUAGCAAAUGGUGGAAGAAAGUACUUUGUUUUGUUAAUAAUCACAGAUGGAGUAGUGACAGAUCUUCAAGAAACAAAAGAUGCCAUUGUUAAAGCAUCUGAUCUGCCAUUAUCAAUCCUCAUUGUUGGGGUUGGAGGUGCUGAUUUCAAAGAAAUGGAGGUUUUAGAUGCAGACAAGGGAGAGAGGCUUGAGAGUUCAUAUGGACGCGUUGCUUCACGUGAUAUAGUCCAAUUUGUUCCAUUUCGGGAGGUUCAAAGUGGAUUUUCAGUUGUUCAAGCACUUCUUGCAGAAUUACCGACUCAAUUUUUAACUUAUGUGCGGAGCAGAGAUAUCCAACCAAACCUCUAGACAUGUAAAAACUGUACAUAAGGAAGUUUUCAAUUCAUUGAUCAUUGUGCAAUUUAGAGGUCCUUUUCUGUUCUUCAAUCAACGAAUUCGGCUAAAGGGCUGAGGAGCUGUUGCUUUGUGCUAAUUAACAGCUCAAGAAAGGUUCGCCUGCUAGCUGUCUUAUCUAAAGGAUACUUCUGAUCGACCCUUGUGAUUGCCAUUUCCUUUUCCUUUUUGUGCACGUGUCCUUUUGGGUUUUCCUAGAUGAUUGAUUUGUCUAAAGGUAGUUGCAUUAAGUUGAAAUCAAUGUUUUCUUCCAACUUAAGACAAACUUUAGUCCUUUUGCCUGCUCUUCAUGGUAUGAUUUGUAAUGGAAAUCCAAUAAUUUUUGGAUGUCUUUAGAUGGCAUCACAUUUACAAAUACAAAAUAAUAUGUAUAAAAAAACUUUAGCAUA